GUUAGUAAGACAUAGAUUUUAUUCUGUCGAGAUGCCCCAUUAUGUUAUCGAAUAUGAAAAAAUAUUAAAUUUGAGAAUUUUUACUCACAUCCGUAAAGUGUUUGCUAAAAGUAGUGAUAUUGGUCUAUAUGAAAUAUGUGUAGCAUAGGAGAUGACGAUGUUCUUGAUGAUGGCAUCAGCAGCCUCAUGACACCACAAAAACAAAUGUUACACUAUUUGCCAAAAGGAACUUGUUAUAAAUGCGGUCAAGACAGAGAAUUGUAUAAGAUACAUUUUCGCGAAGCGGAAUGUAAGAAUUGUUUUCUCAUUUUUGUGAACCAUAAAUUCCGAGCAACAGUUGGAUCUUCUAAAGCUCUUCCAAGAAAUGCGGAUAUUCUUUUAGUGUUUGAUGGAAGUGCUGAGUCUGUAGUCUUGCUAGAUAUGUUACAAACGGCGCAAUCGGAAUCAAAUUUUAAGAGACUACAUUGCUACCUCAAAGUUCUAUUUCUUGACGAUUACGAAGCCUACAAAGACACUUGUGGAAUAAAUGAUUAUAAAUUGUAUAUACAGCAAGUAAAAGAUCUUUUAUUAAGCUAUGAUAAUAUAAAAUGUUAUGUUACUAAUUUAAGAUCUGGCAUACAUCAAAAGCCAUUUGAUAUUAAAGAUAUGAACCUAUAUUUGAACAGAGAAAUGGAAAAAGAAAAAGUAUUUUCCAACGACAUCAAUAACAUUCAAACGUCAACAAGUCGUAACGAAUUUAUAAAACUUUAUCGAAAGAACUUGAUAGCUUCUAUGGCUACGAUCUUAAGUUGCAAAUACGCUUUUAUACCUACAAUAAAUAUAAGUAUAGCUACCGAUCUGCUCUCAGCCAUUGCACUUGGACAGGGAAAUAACGUCGCAUGUGAUGUUGCCUUCAAAGAUGAUCGUUUGGUCAAUGGGAUCAAAAUCAUGCGUCCAAUUAAAAAUCUAACUGAAACAGAGGUCUUACUCUAUAUACGUGCACGAAAUAUAAAAUGGUGUGAUAGACGAGAUCAUGUUAUAAAUGCUUCAAGCAGUAUACAACGAAUAACUGAGUUAUUUAUACGUAAUCUACAAAAAAACUACAGCUCCACCGUUUCAACUAUCAUUUGUACAGGAAAUAAAAUCACCUCAAACAAUGACAGUUAUGAAGAAUUUGAGGAAAAAUGUUGUUUGUGUAAUUCUUCAAUAGUUAACUCUGAAACUCUUUCAGCUGUUAGGUAUUCUCGAUAUGUUUCUGAAAGAAUGUCAAGCGAUUUUGAUUUAGACAUAAACUUCAAAAAAUUUUUGAACUUAACCCAAAACCAAGAUCAAAAAGUAUGCCACAGUUGUCAAAAUAUAGGACGGGAUAGCGAUAUUAAUUUAAUAAAGCAUUAUUUAUAAAAUAUUGAUUUAAAUUCAUUCAAUAUAAAACGUUUAAAAAUUUGUUAAUUAUAGGUAUUCUUAAUUUGUGUGAUAGUAUCGCGCCGGUUUAGUAUCGUUUAUGGAGAAAAUUAGGGGGCCUACCCCCCUCACGCCCUCUUAUUGGAAAGAGGAAGGAUCGAACUUUUUAAUAAGAAAACCAAAAUGUUUCAGUGAUAUGUAUAUACAUAUUUAAUUGCAUAUAUUAAAGAUACAAAGGGAUCCGGGGUGACCGAAGUACUUUCGUGUAGCUCUCCUUUCUGCGUUGGCGGCCUUCGGCCGCGCUCUAAAAAAAUAACCCUGGUCGGGCGAAUACCCGGGGUGACCGAUGUACUUUCGUGUAGUACUCCUUUCGACGUUGGCGGCCUUCGGCCGCGCUUCAAAAAAAAAAAACACCCUGGUCGGUCCAACACCGGGGUGUAUAAUUUUUUUUCGCAUAGAACUCCUUUUUGAGUGGAAAAAAAAACCCUGGUCGGUCCAACACUGGGGUGUAUCAGAUUUUUUUCGCAUAGAACUCGUUUUUGCAUUGGCGCGCUUUAAAAAAAUAACUCUGGUCGGUCCAACACCGGGUUGUAUCAAUUUUUUUCGCAUAGAACUACUUUUAGCGUGGGCGGCCUUCGUCAGCGCUUAAAAAAAAAAAUAACCCUGGUCGGUCCAACACCGGGGUGUAUCAAUUUUUUUUCGCAUAGAACUCCUUUUUGGGUGGGCGGCCUUCGGCCACGCUUUAAAAAAAUAUAGGAAAAUACACCAAUUGUUCACUAAUUGUGAACCGAUUUUUAUAAAAUAUGUUUUAAAAUAAAGUUCUAUAAUUUAAGCAUACAUGCGUGUUUAAAAUUUUCACAGUGAGCCAAAAUUAACCGGCGCGAUACUAAACCCAACCCAAAAUUACGAUAGAGGAACACCUAUACACACAUUUACCCUCAGAAGUUUUCGUGUUAUUUGUAUUUAAAGUUAAACAUUUUUAAUAAAGUAAUGCAAGUUAUUUCACUAUGUUUAACUAAAAUUUCCAUUUGUUGUGUGUUUUAAAGAAAAUAAAUAUACUUAAAAAACUAUUUUGCGCACCUACAGAUACAAGAAA